AUGUACCGUCGCGACCCUAUAGUCUCUUCAUCACCUCCUCCUGUCGGAUCACGCGCUACUUCGCAUAGCGACGACGACGAUCAACAAGAUCCUUACGUCACUCAGCCUACGCAAAUUCUCGCUGAACACUCGCCCUUCUUCCCAGCGCCUUCCGAUACCACGCAACCCACGCAGCCCACACAAAUCCUCACACCGCGCGCAAACCGAAUCCAACACACAGCCUCCUCGCAGUUGCAAGUCCCCCGCUCGUCUCCCACUAUUCAGCGAUACUCAUCGCCCGUCAUGUCGCCAACCCAGUCGCAACGGCCGUAUGGAGGCUACAGCAACCCAAUGGCACCUCCUGGUACAAGUUUUUUCCCUCCGCAAGCCGUCCGUAAGCCAAUCGUCGAUUUAACAUCGGACGAUCCCCCUGUCGAACGCGAUCCAGACGAAGACGAGUCCGAGUACAGGUCUAAUAUACCGCUGUCAAAAAUCGAGAUGGCCUCCAUGGCGUCGAGAAUUGAGGAGACACCGCAAAAACCAACUUGGGAUCUCUCCGGAUUCAAAUACAAUGGUGACCAGUCGCGAAAACGACCGUCUGAAGGGCCUGCCUCGAGUUCGCCACCGAAGAGACAAAAGCCCCUCCCGCGGCAAGGAGGACCUUCUCGUGCUCUGCCUGUAGAUUUGACUGAAGACUCAAACAUGACCUUGGAGGAUAUAACCGACUUUACCAUGCAGCGCAACAUAAAGCGGUUGCAGGCUAUAUAUCCUAAUCGAUCAGUGAAGCAGCUACACGAAGCACUACUUAAGAAGAAGGGCGAAUUUUCAGAUGCAUGUUCGUACUUAGCAGAAGAGGAGUCUGAAGACGAGUUGCUUCGGUCUCCACAGCUUGGAGUGGCCCAAACCAAGUCAAUGCCGACUGUAAAGAAGACCGCACAGCGUGGUUUGAAGCAGCCUGUGCAAUCAUUACAGAACAAAUAUUCAAAGUUGGGAGCGACCCAGAACAGUCCUGUAGUGAUUGACAGUCCCGAGAAGGAGGCACCAAAACGGAAAGGCAGACUUGUUAGCGGAAGAGAUCGCAAGCCGAAGAUGGCGUUUUCGUCCUCACCAGAACCCACUCCACCACGACCGCAACAAAAUCCAAAGAAGCAAGCGCCAAUUAUGGUCUCUUCAGAUGAGGAUGAGGGUAUCGAUGCAGAGCUUGUGAAUGAUGACGACUCAGAGGCAAGCGCAGCUCCAGAGAACAACUUCAGCGACGAUGCCUUGUUGAACUUCUUCAACACUUGCACUGUGGAGGCCAUGGUUGACUUGUCGAGUCACAAGGAAGAAGACAUCAAAGAGAUAUUCAAGGAACGCCCGUUCGCCUCGCUUGAUGCUGUUCGAAAAAUUCACGUAGACCUUGCACCGGCCGAGAAAGGCAAGAAGAAGGCUCGCAAGCCGCGUAUUACAACAGGCGCAAGGCUCGUAGAAUCUACCGAAGGCAUGUGGAACGCCUACUCGACCAUUGACUCGGUGGUCAAACAAUGUGAAGCCCUUGGAAAACCAAUGGUUGCAGGCAUGGCACGAUGGGGAAUCGACAUCUUCGGCGCGUCUACUGAGGAAGGAAUGGAUGUUACGAGUCUAGAUGAUAGUGAUACCAACUCAGCACGGGAUUCCGGCUAUCAUACACCAAAGAGCAGCAAUAGCAGCGAUACCGAAUCCAAGAGCAUACGCAAAGCAGCCAGCCGUACAAAGCUGCUCAAACAGCCCUCAAUCAUGAAUGACGACAUUGAGCUUAAGGACUACCAGGUCGUCGGUCUUAACUGGCUUAAUCUUCUCUGGCAAACUGAGACCUCUGGCAUUCUGGCCGACGACAUGGGUUUAGGAAAAACCUGCCAAAUCAUUGCUUUCUUGUCGCAUCUGAAAGAAGAGGGUAGCGGAAAGCCUGCACUCAUUGUUGUACCUGGAUCGACUCUGGAGAACUGGUGUCGUGAGUUUGAGCGCUUUUCAAGCUCCAUCAACUUCACUCCAUACUAUGGAUCUCAAGCUGAACGUUUCUCGCACCAAGAGAGUAUUCACCAGAACAUCAGACAGGGAACGUGCGAUGUAAUUAUCACAACGAUUCUAUUGACUGGCACACCACUGCAGAACAGUCUCCAAGAACUCAUGUCGAUUCUUGGGUUCUUGAUGCCGCAGGUGUUCUACGGCGAUCAGCAGGAAGAAGUCCAAGAGAUGUUACAAAUCUUGUUCAAACACAAGGCCAAGACCAUGGAGAGCGAUUCGCACAGCUCUUUGUUGUCUGCUCAGCGUAUCCAGCGUGCUCGCACCAUGUUGAUGCCCUUUAUUCUAAGGAGGAAGAAGGCUCAGGUGCUCAAACACCUGCCGAAGAAGACUUCUCGCGUCGAAUACUGUGAGCUCACAGAUACACAAAGGACUCUAUACAACGAGCAGUUAGCGAAGCAGCGUAAGAUCCUCGAGGACAGAGCUGCGGGCAUCGCUGUCAAAGAUCAUGCCAACGUGAUGAUGAAGCUCCGCCAAGCAGCUAUUCACUCCCUACUGUUCCGUCACCGCUACGACAACAACACCAUCCGGAAAAUGUCCAAGGCAUGUCUCAAAGAAGACAUGUUUGCUGAGAGCAACCCAGACAUUAUAUACGAAGAGCUCGAGCUCUACCAAGACUACCAAUGCCACCAACUCGCCACCAAGUAUCGAGCGCUCAAGAAAUUCGAGCUCCAAGAUCAGGAAUGGAUGGACUCGGGCAAAGUUACUGCGCUCCUCGCUCUGCUGAAAAAGUACAAAGAAAACGGCGACCGGGCCCUAGUCUUCAGCCAAUUCACCUCCGUCAUGGACAUACUCGGCUGGGUAUUCGACGACCACGAUAUCAACUUCAUGCGCAUGGACGGUUCCACCCCGAUUCAAGAACGUCAAUCCCUCAUGGACAUCUUCUACCAAGAUGAAUCCAUCCAGCUCUUCAUGAUCAGCACCAAGAGCGGCGGCGCAGGCAUCAAUCUUGCCUGCGCAAACAAAGUCAUCAUCUUUGACUCGAGCUUCAACCCCCAAGACGAUAUUCAAGCUGAGAACCGGGCUCACCGUGUUGGUCAGACGAGGGAGGUCGAAGUUGUGAGACUAGUCACCAAGGGAACGGUCGAAGAGCAGAUUUAUGCCCUGGGCAUUAGUAAGUUGGAGCUAGAUAAGAUGGUUCAGGGCGAGGAAGAGAGCGCGCCAAAAGCCAAGGGGAAGAAGAAGGAUGAGCCGGCCGCCGGGGCGGCGCUGAGUAAAGCUGAAGAAGCGGGUAUGGCGGCUGUCGAGAUGAUGAUGAUGCAGCAGUUGCAGUCGCCGCCUGAUGAGAAGAAGAAGAAGAAGAACACUGCUGCUGGUGGUGCCACUGCGGAUAUCAAAGAGCAGUUUCUCUCUGGACUCAAGAGUGCGGGGCUGGAUGUCGCGGCGUAA